AAGAUAAAGUACCAAGAGUAAAAAUGGUGGAAUGAGUAAGGUAUCUUUCACCUUGGAAGACCUUCUUGAUUUAUUUAGUAAUCUGCUCUCAACAGCUCCAGCUAGCUCCUUUGCCUCCUUUUACAGCAGAUAUUACUUUGUUUUUCAUGUCUAUCAGUUAAUGGAGGAAUGGACCCACUUGGACGUACUCCUUCAGUUCAUAGGUCUGUAUCAUCUCGGCUGUUGAGACUUAGUGUCUUUCUACUACUUAGCCUCCCUGACUCCAAAGGAAAAGCAAUAUGGACUGCUCAUCUGAAUAUCACAUUCCAGGUGGGAAACCAGAUCAUAUCAGAGCUAGGAGAGAGUGGAGUGUUUGGGAACCAUUCUCCUCUGGAAAGGGUGUCUGGUGCCGUGGUACUUCCUGAAGGAUGGAAUCAGAAUGCUUGCAGUCCCCUGACCAACUUCAGCAGACCUGAUCAGACAGACUCUUGGCUGGCCCUCAUCGAACGGGGAGGCUGUACUUUUACUCAUAAAAUCAAUGUGGCAGCAGAGAAGGGAGCACACGGGGUGAUCAUCUAUAACUAUCCGGGUACAGGCAACAAGGUAUUUCCCAUGUCUCACCAGGGAACAGAGAAUAUAGUUGCAGUGAUGAUCGGCAACCUCAAGGGCAUGGAGCUCUUGCACUUGAUCCACCAAGGUGUCUAUGUGACAGUCAUCAUUGAAGUGGGGCGAAUGCAUAUGCCAUGGCUCAGCCACUAUGUUAUGUCUCUGUUUACCUUCCUGGCAGCCACUGUCACCUACCUUUUCCUGUACUGUGCCUGGCGACCCCGAGCGCCCAGUUCUUCCACCAGGAGGCAAAGACAGAUAAAGGCCAAUGUGAAGAAAACUAUUGGUCAGCUGCAACUUCGAGUACUCAAGGAAGGGGAUAAGGAGCUAGACCCAAAUGAAGACAGCUGCGUUGUUUGUUUUGAUAUCUACAAAGCCCAUGAUGUAAUUCGUAUUUUAACUUGCAAACAUUUUUUCCACAAGACGUGCAUUGAUCCCUGGCUUUUAGCCCACAGGACGUGCCCCAUGUGCAAGUGCGACAUUCUGAAACCUUAAGAAGCCUAGAGAUCUUUCCACAGGUUAAAAGUAGACAAAUUUCCUCACUGUACUGUACAUCUAGAGAAAGCAUGACCCUUUGUUCCUCUGUCCUGCCACUGAAGAUGAAAUUUGUCUGCUUUGACAAUAAAGCUCCAUAGCGUGCC